AUGGAAACCUCGCCCAGACACCAACAAGGGAACCCAAACCCUUCUCUGCUUCCUUCUCCAAACAGCCACAGCUCCAACAGCAGCACAAGUAGCACCCACAGCAACAACAAUGGACUUCAAGCUCCACCAACAACUCCAACUCCCCAACCCCCAAAACCCAUCACCAGAUCCGAAUCCGCCAACCCGUACCCGACCACCUUCGUCCAAGCCGACACCAACUCCUUCAAACAAGUCGUCCAAAUGCUAACCGGCUCCUCCGAAACCGCCAAGCAGGCCUCUUCAAAACCCGCCAACACCUGCCCAGACCCGCAUAACAAAACCCACAUACCACCCAUAAAAUCCACGCCCAAAAAGCAACAAUCCGGGUUCAAGCUCUACGAGCGCCGAAACUCACUCAAGAACCUCAGAAUUAACCCCCUAAUCCCCGUCUUCAGUUCCAACGCCUCCGGCUUCUCUCCCCGAAACCCUGAGAUUUUAUCUCCGAGCAUUCUCGAUUUCCCGGCUUUAGUUCUCAGCCCGGUCACGCCGCUCAUACCCGACCCGUUUGACCGGUCCGGGUCGGCCAAUUACUGGUCGAAUCCCAAUGGGUGUGCCCAUUUAAACAAGGAGGCUGAAGAGAAAGCCAUUAAAGAAAAGGGUUUUUACUUGCACCCGUCACCGAGCACGACCCCGAGGGAAUCGGAGCCCCGACUGCUGCCUUUGUUCCCUACGACGUCGCCUAGAGCUUCAGGUUCAUCUUCUUCUUGA